AUGGUUAUUUUGCUGAAAUAUUUCAAGAACAUUGAGAUUCCUGGACGAGCUGAUACACUACUGAACCACGAUAUCACAGGCUUCGUCCAGCCCGUGGGUGCUCCACCUGCUCAAUACCUAUCAUGGAUUCCUAUCUCUCUAGGUCAACAGGACAAUACCGAGCUCAAGAGCCAAAUCCAGACACUCAGAACAGAGUCCCAAAGCCUCAGAGAGAUGGUCAACAACCUUCGGAAAGAAGCCAAUGAGACGAAGAUCAAGCUCAGUGUCGCUGAGUCGAGAAUCGAGGAGUAUGGGAAGAAGAACCAGUCAGUCUUGACGAUCACGGAAAGACCGAUUCUCAACUCUGUACGGCCUAUCGAUUGUGUGACUUGGUAUUUCCGGAUGCAGCCCCUUCUGAAGGCACUUGAGGUCAUCUCUAUCAAGGACCAGAUCGUCUAUAUUGGUAGCUGUGUCGAAGAGUCUCUACCUUCAUCCGCCAUUGAUGGACAAUGUGGUAUUGACGAAGCGAGGUUGGCUCACAUUCAGGGCAAACACAUGUACCGCUAUGGAUAUCGCCGGGGUUUCACCUCUGUGAAAGAGCUUCUCAUUUACAUCACCAAAAACUGCUACGGUCUCGACGUUGACCUUGACUGA